CUUCUGCGACAGUGAUCGUUUAAGUCGGUAAAUAUGCUUGCGUCAACGUUAUUGUGGCUGUUCGUGCUGGUAAUAGGGAUCAGGUGUCGUGAUUUCGAGUCUACUUUGGGCCAUAUAAGGACGAGUACCAGCGUUGAAGAGCAAAAGAGAGCCGUCGAAGACUUGCUCGUGAGGCUGAUUCCUGAAAGGGCUACGGAUUUCGUCAUUAGCAUCGAUCCCGCCCUAAGUCAGGAUAAUAAGGAUGCCUUUACGUUGCAAAAAGUGGGCGGAACCGUUCAGGUCAACGGUAGUACAGGAGUGGCUGCUGCCUCCGGAGUCCACCACUAUCUGAAGUAUUUCUGCGGCUGCCACGUGUCGUGGGAAGAGUCCCAACUGAAUUUGCCUGCCGAAUUGCCCGACGUGGACGUUUUAAUCCGAUUUAACGACCGGUUCCGAUACUAUCAAAAUGUGUGCACUACGAGCUACAGCUUCGUGUGGUGGAGCUGGGAACAAUGGGAGCGUCACAUCGACUGGAUCGCCUUGAACUCUUUCAACCUGGUGCUUGCGUUUCACGGCCAGGAGGCCAUUUGGGAAAGGGUGUACUCCAAGCUGGGUCUAACCGCAUCCGACAUAGAGGAACAUUUUACCGGGCCAGCUUUUUUGUCUUGGCUGAGAAUGGGCAAUGUCAGAGGAUGGGCGGCUCCUUUAUCUAGCGCUUGGCACCAGAGGUCGCUGGCCCUGCAAAAGAACAUCCUCAACAGGAUGCGACAGCUCGGUAUCACGCCGGUGUUGCCGGCUUUCGCGGGACAUCUGCCUAGGGCGUUCAAACGGAUCUAUCCGAACGCGACGAUGACCAAGAUGGACGUGUGGAACGACUUCAAUGAUACCUAUUGUUGUCCCUAUUUCCUCGACCCUACCGAAGAUCUGUUUAAAACCGUAGGGGUGGCGUUCAUCCGGGAGCAAAUUGCCGAAUAUGGUACUGACCACGUCUACAACUGCGACAGCUUCAACGAAGUUGAUCCGCCGACUACCGACCUCAGCUACCUCGCUGACGUGGGCAGGAGUAUUUACGCGGCCAUGACGGACGCUGACUCGGAAGCUAUAUGGGUGAUGCAAGGAUGGUUGUUCUACUCCAGCGACUACUGGGACGACACCGACAAGGUGAAAUCUUUCGUAACUAGUGUUCCCACGGGUAAAAUGAUAAUCCUGGAUCUUCAAUCGGAGCAGUUCCCUCAGUACGACAGGCUGGAUCAAUAUUUCGGCCAACCUUACGUGUGGUGUAUGUUGCACAACUUCGGAGGCACACUUGGAAUGUACGGAUCGGCCACUAUCAUCAACGAGGAAGUUAUCAAGGCCAGGAACGCGGCAAACAGUACCAUGAUCGGCACCGGGCUAACAAUGGAAGGCAUUAACCAAAACUAUGUCAUUUAUGACUUGAUGAGCGAGUCGGCUUGGAGACGACAACCUACCAACCUGACUGAAUGGUUCAUCGAUUACGGCGCCAGGAGGUACGGCAAAAGCGACCCGAGCUUGGAAUACGCCUGGAACAUACUGAAAGACUCGGUGUACGACUUCAAAGGGAUCGAGAAGAUCAGAGGCCAAUACGCCAUCACCAAAACUCCCAGCCUAAACAUAUCUCCAUGGUCUUGGUAUAACUAUUCGGCGCUGUUCGACGCCUGGCAUAGUUUUUUGUCGGCUUCGGAUAAUUUGAACCACAGCUCGGCUUACCUGCAUGAUCUGGUAGACCUGACUCGCCAGGUACUCCAAGUGAACGGAGACAUAUAUUACGUGAAACUGAUCGACGCUUUCCAAAGCAAGAACUUCGAAGAUUUUCGGAAUACGGCGAUAAUUUUCGACGGAAUUUUUCGCGACUUGGAGAUGAUACUCGCGUCCGACAGAGCUUUUCUGCUUGGACCCUGGUUAGAGUCUGCGAAGCAGUGCGCCAACAGUAGCGAAGAGGAAGAACGACUGGAAUACAACGCUCGCAAUCAAAUCACUUUGUGGGGACCCAACGGCGAGAUUAUGAACUAUGCGAUCAAACAAUGGUCGGGAAUCGUCGCGGACUUUCUGCAUCCCAGAUGGGGCUUGUUCGUUGAAGCGAUGAACGCGAGUUUAAUCGACAACGAGCAGUUCGACGAGAAAAAUGCGACGCUACGGAUGUUUCAGGAAGUCGAAGAACCCUUCACGUUCAGCAGGAAGAAAUACCCGGUCGAUCCUGCAGGUAGUCCCGUGGAAAUUGCCAGAAAAAUCGCCGACAAAUAUUGGUACACCUCUGUCGACGUUAUUCCGGAAGCGAAGAACUUGCCAAUGAAGAAACGCAAAGGUUUACUUAGACGGCUGAAGAAAUUGAAGACAUUUUCCUGAUAAUAAAGC